CCUAGAACCGGGGUGGCAGGCGCGCGAGGAGGCGUCCGGGCUGGCACCGUCAGCGACGCCGACCGGGUCGGCUGGACACUGCUGCCAUCUAUCGCUGCCCAUCCAACUUAAGCCAUCAUGGGGCGACCGCAAUCAUCGUGGGCCAAGUUUCGGCUGCUGAUGUGGAAGAACUGGACACUGCAGAAGCGGCACAAGGUGCAAACAGUGAUGGAGCUGCUGCUGCCGCUAAUAUUCACCUCCUUGCUGGUGCUUAUUCGAUCGCUGACGGACGCCACUAACUACCCGGAUCCAACUCUGUACCAGCCGUAUUCAGUGGACAAGCUGCCCUACAACAUGACACACAACACCAGCCUACUGGACCCGCUGGAGAUUGUGAAAGCGACGCGUCAGGUCUUCCCGGACGGCGUGCCCGACAGCCUUCGCGAGCAGGUGGAGGGGAUCGGCCGUAGCGCGCUGCUGGAAAUGGCUUCUGGAGCGUACUCGUCCGACGGCAAGAUCAUGCAUGUCGGCUACACUCCCAACGCGACCCUGGCCGACAGCGUCAUGAGCAUUUUCGAGCGGAGGCUAAGCCCCAACGUCAGGGUCCAGGGCUUCAGCAGCGAGUCUGAGCUGGUUGACUGGCUGGAGGAAAGCAGCACGCCGUUAGCACAAAAACGUAGAAUUGGAGGCAUAGUCUUCCAAGACGACAUGACCUCCGACUUUGGCAGCCGGAUCUCAUUUAAGGUGCGGCCGCAUGUGCAAUCGGUGGUGCAGGCGUUCAAGCCGCCGGCCCUCUGGUACACCAGCCUGCAGUACCCAGCCUUCCAAAUGCUCGGGCCCAGGGAGAAGUCAGCCCCUGUCGGUGGAAACCCGGGUUACUUCAUCAACGGCUUUCUGGCGAUGCAGCACGCUGUGUCGGCGGCCAUCACCGAGCACAUCUCGGGCCAGGAGGUGACGUUUGCGGUGAAUGCCGAGCGCGUGCCUUACCCCAGCUACAACGACGACCAGUUCCUGGUGGUGCUGCAGGGCUGGCUGCCGCUGGUCAUCAUGCUCAGCUUCAUCUAUCCUUCCAUCAACAUCGUCAAGAACAUCGUGGUCGAGAAGGAGCGCCGCCUGAAGGAAUCGAUGAAAAUGAUGGGACUACCCAACUGGAUCCACUGGAUGGCGUGGUGGGCCAAGUCCUUCGUCCAGCUCGUAAUCUCCAUCGGGUUGAUGACCCUGCUUGUUGUGGUUGACUGGUACAGGGGGCCAGAGGGAGAGGCCGUGCUAUCCCGCUCUGACCCGUCCGUCAUCUUCGUCUUCCUCUUGCUGUACACCAUCACCUCCAUCGCCUUCUGCUUCAUGAUCUCCACCUGGUUCUCCAAAGCGAACAGUGCGGCCACUGCGGCCGGCGUGCUCUUCUUCGUGCUCUUCAUUCCGUACGACUUUCUGUACCUGCAAUACCAGACAAUGCAGCUGAACCAGAAGAUAGGCGCCUGUAUCAUGGGCAACACGGCAAUGGGCUUCGGUGGCAUGUUGAUAAGCAUGUGGGAGGGCACAGGUGUUUAUGGUGCUGCCCAACUACGGCCUUGGUAUGGCCAUGGCCGACAUCUAUUCCAACUACCAGGGUAUCAAGUACUGCGCGGAAAAACCCGAGAUCGAGAAAAUCUGUCUCGUGCUGAAGAACCUGAGCCUUACCAACCCGUGCUGCAAAAACUCGGGCAACUGCGGCGACGCCGGCUGCGUGGAGUGGAGCGAAAACUACCUGUCCGUCGAACGGCUCGGCAUCGGUCGCACUCUGCUCUUCAUGUUUGCCGAAGGUACAAUCUGUCUCAUCAUUCUCUGUUUGAUCGAGCUGCGCGUAGUGGACAGAAUCAAGUACCUGUACAACACCAGAAGAAACACCUACGGAAAGCUGCUACACGACCACAUGGAUGAAGAGGAUGCCAUCGUUCCCGAGCUAGACUCCGACGUCGCGGCCGAGAAGAAGAGAAUUCAGAACGGCGACAUCGAAGCACUGAAGCACGAAAAUGUCCUCGUCAUCAAGGACCUGACCAAGUUCUACGCGAAGAACUUCUUGGCCGUGGAUCGUCUAUGUCUGGCUGUGCCAAAAGGAGAGUGCUUCGGACUGCUUGGGAUCAACGGUGCCGGCAAGACGACCACCUUCAAGAUGCUGACGGGAGACGAGCUGAUCUCGUGGGGCGACGCCUUCCUCAUGGGCAAGAGCGUGCGGUCCGAUGUCACCGAGGUGCACAGGCUGCUGGGCUACUGCCCGCAGUUUGACGCCGUCAUCGAUCAGCUGACCGGACGAGAGACGCUGCAGAUGUUCGCCCGUCUACGCGGUAUCCACGAGGAAGACAUCCCGGGCGUGGUGGAGCAGCUCGCCGCCGGGCUCUUCCUCAGCGAGUACAUCGACAAGCAGGUGCGCGAGUACAGCGGCGGCAACAAGCGUAAACUGAGCACGGCGGUGGCGCUGGUCGGUGACCCUCCCAUCGUAUUCCUGGACGAGCCCACCACCGGCAUGGACCCGGUGGCUCGCCGCCUGCUCUGGGACGUCAUCUGCCGCAUCCGCGCCGCCGGCCGCAGCAUCAUACUGACCUCACACAGCAUGGAAGAGUGUGAAGCCCUGUGCACGAGGCUGGCCAUAAUGGUGAACGGCGAGUUCCGCUGCAUGGGGUCGCCACAGCACCUCAAGAGCAAGUUCGGCCAGGGCUACACCCUUCUCAUCAAGGUCAAGGUUUCGGACGCGGAGAAACAGGAAUUCUCAAAGUCACACCAGCGGGCCACCUCCAGCUCGUCCAUCACGCGUCAGCGACCGGCCAGCGUCGGUCCUCUGAAGCGUACGAUGAGCGCCAGCUCCUCCGUCCAGCCCGUCAAGGACUUCGUGGAAAAAUCCUUCCCCGGAUCCGUCCUCAAGGACGUGCACCAGGGCCUGCUGAACUAUCAGAUCACGGACGCGUCGCUGUCCUGGGCGCGCAUCUUCGGCAUGAUGGAGCGGGCCAAGGACAGGCUGAACAUCGAGGACUACUCCGUGGGCCAGACCACGCUGGAACAGGUGUUCCUGAACUUCGCCAAGGGCCAGCGUCCCGAAGACGGCGAGUGAGCACCGUGUCUGGGGCCAUGGAGCUAACGGCGCGUCCUCAGUGC